GUUAUUAUAAAUAUCCUUUUUUUUCCCCAAGUCUACCAUAAAAAAAAAAAGAAAAAAUAAAAUUUCUUUUUUUCACACCACCUAAAAUUUUCUAUCUCUUUUCAAUAUUGAUUUUUCUUUCCAAAUCUUCAUAAAAAUUAUUAUUUUUUUCUUCAUCAAUCAUGGAAAUUACACCAUUUGUAAGAAGACCAGGCGUUGGCCGUGAAGGAAGACCAAUUAAAGUUCGAACUAAUUUUUUUGAAGUAAAACAAUGCCGGAAAAUAAUAUUAUACAUUAUGAUGUAUCUAUUACACCUGAGGUCCCUCCGCGAUUAAAUAUGAAAAUAUUUGAAAGUUUUGUGAACCAAUACCGAGAAAGAGCCCUUGGAAACGCAAGACCAGUAUUCGAUGGAAGAAAAAAUAUGCUCGCCCACAAAUUGUUGCCUUUUGGGGACGCCGCUACCUUCAACGUGACACUAGAGGAAAGAACGCCCGUGGCGAGUAGACGUCCACCACGUGAAUUUAGAAUUAGAAUUAGAAGGGUUGGAGAUAUCGUCAUGGGGGAACUGUUUCAGUUUUUACGUGCGAGAAGUAGGAUGACCAAUAAUUGCCAAACGGCAAUAAUGGCGCUGGACGCAAUAAUCGGUCACAAGGUUUCUACCUUACAUGUUGCUGUAGGUAGAUCAUUCUUUACCCCGGAAGGAUCCCGUUCUAUUUCUGGAGGUGCUGAAGUAUGGCAAGGGUACUAUCAAUCUGCCCGUCCCACUAGUGACAAAAUGAUGAUAAACAUUGACUUAAGUGCAACCGCUUUCUAUGAAGGUGGUCGACUUGUGCAAAUUGUUGCAAAAAUAUUGGAGCUUAGAUCUCCUGACGAUCUACGUAGGGGCCUUUCUGAAAGGGAGCAUCAAAAGGUUGAGAGAAAAAUAAGAAACCUCAAAAUAAGAGUUAAUCAUAGAGCCGAAGCCCGAACAAGUUCCAAAAUUGAAAGAUUAACACAAACACCCGCAUCGCGCACCAUGUUUGAAAAAGAUGGUAAUACCAUCGACGUAGCAACCUAUUUCCAAACCACUUACAAUAUGCGGCUAAUUUAUCCCUUCCUUCCUUGCGUUAUUGUAAGAAGGAACGUUUUCCUUCCUCUUGAGGUCUGCGACGUAAUUCCGGGUCAACGACAUAUGAGGAAACUGGAUGGAAAACAGGUAGAUGAAAUGAUGAAUUUCACUCGCCAGAAUCCGACCCUUCGUGCAAAUAAGAUCCGAGCUGGGCUCAAUAUAUUAGAUUACCGAAAUGAUGAAUACAUGCAACAAUUUGGAGUGAGAGUAUCUAAUGAAAUGGCCAUGGUGGAUGGUAGAAUUCUACCAACGCCAACGAUCCAUUACCAUCCAUCAUCAAGAGAUAAUCGUAUCCAACCGGCAGGUGGAGUAUGGAACUUACGUGACAAGAAAGUUGCAACCGGAGCCACCCUCGGCUCUUGGUGUGUUUUGGCUUUUUUAAGCCCUGACGUUCUACCUGAUCAUGAUAUUAAUGCGUUCGUGAGAGAACUAGCAAACACAUGUCAAGAUACGGGGAUGAAUAUCCCAAAUAAAAAUCCACCAAUAUUACAUGCGAACCCUCAAGGAAAUAUAGAGGAAUCAUUAAAACAAGCAUGGUUAAGGGCUGGCAAUAGUGCCAAGGCCCAACCGCAACUAAUUCUUUGUAUUCUUCCUAACACAGGACAACCAUUAUACGCCGAAAUAAAACGUGUGAGCGACACUGUCAUCGGUGUUGCGACUCAGUGUGUCCAGAAUAGAUAUAUAAGACAGACUAAAAAGCAAUAUUGUGCGAACGUUUGCCUAAAGAUUAACGUGAAACUCGGUGGGAUGAAUUCGUUUAUUGAUCCUACACAAAUUCCAUUUAUAUCUGAUAGGCCCACCAUUUUGAUGGGCGCAGACGUUACCCACCCUGCACCUGGACCUGGCAGUGACGAACGACCAUCUAUUGCUGCAGUUACUGCCUCUGUGGACGCUAAAGCAUCCCGUUAUGCUGCAUCGAUCAGAAUCCAAAGAGGUCGUACUGAAAUCAUCGCCGAUUUGGCGAACAUGGUUAAGGAGUUGUUAAAAGCUUUCUACCAAACUUGUGGGCGAAAGCCUGAAAGAAUAUUAUUUUAUCGAGACGGAAUUUCUGAAAGCCAGUUCGGAAGCAUAAUAACUACUGAAAUAGCCGCGAUUAAAGCCGCUUGUCAAGCUCUUGACGCUAAUUAUAAACCAACGAUAACAUUUGUUGUGGUGCAGAAGAGGCACCACACACGUUUUUUCCCAAUUGAUAGUCGUGAUGCCGAUAGAACGGGAAAUUGUCCCCCGGGUACAGUGAUCGAGACUGUUAUAACCCAUCCAUUUGAAUUUGACUUUUAUUUGCAAAGUCACGCUGGGCUAUUAGGGACGUCUCGGCCAGCCCAUUAUUAUGUUUUAUAUGACGAUAACGGUUUUAAUCCAGAUAUGUUACAAACAUUAUCAUAUAACCUCUGUUAUAUAUACGCGCGAUGUACGCGUUCGGUAUCUUUGGUACCUCCGGUGUAUUAUGCACAUUUAGUAACAAAUAGGGCAAAAUUACACGCACGCGGCGGGCCAUUUAGUGAUACGGGAUCCGAAGAAGGUGGGGGUGCUGCGGUCACAUUUGGAGUAGUAAAGCCAGAGCUACAGCGGGUUAUGUAUUUUGCGUAAUUAUUUUAUUUACGUGAAUAACCGACCAUAUAUUACAAUAGAAAUUCCAUCUUGUUGACAUAUCUUUAUAAUUUUCGCACGAGUCAUUGCAAAAAUUAUUUUUCUUUUUUUAUUAUUAUUAUCUUUUCUUGAUUUAUUAUCUUACAAUAAUUCCUUACCCUAAUCAUAUAUACAUAUACCCUUCUCUAACCCCAAAUCCUUUGCCUAAUACUUUACCUUCUUUAAUCUCGCUGUGAUCGGUGGUUGUGGACUUGUGAUAAAAUUGUUAAACGAAUUAGAUUAAUUUUUUUUCAUGAUAAGCAUGUUCUUAAUAAAUUUUUGUGUUAUAACGCAUUAAAUUAAACCUUUUUUAUUUCUUUUUGUAUUUUUUUUUUCAA